AUGGAGAAGCUAGGGUUAUCAGGGAAGUUGCCUUCAUUUGGCAGAGCUACACAUACACCAUCUCCUCCAGAUAUGAGUCGUAUUGAUCCUACGCCAAAACAAAUGAGAAUUGUCAAUUGUCCUAACAAUGCGCUGGCGUUAAUGAAUGUGGUGGCCGUAUCGCCUUCUGAUUUUGCAGAUAAUAUCUAUAUUGCAGUGGACGAUUUUUUUGUUUUCACGACGAGGCAGACAUCUGCUGUUCAGCCGGGUACUUUAGGGUUCAAUGGGAACCAGCGUACUUGGGGUGGGUGGUCGUUGAAUCAAGAGGUUAAGGCGAGGGCGUUUGAUAUGUUCCGGCAAUCUGGGAAACAGGCGUACUUGGGUGUUCUUGACCUGGAAAUUUCGUUUAGAGUACGUUCUAAGGCUGUAGAUGUUCAAUUUGACCAGGAUGAAUUGGCCAAGCAGCUUAUUAAGACGUUUGAUUCACAGAUUUUCACGGCGACGCAGUAUCUCGUUUUUGAGUUUAAGGGACAUAUCUUUGAUUUGCGUGUGAGAAGCUUGCAAACAAUUGAUCUAGGAGAUGUGGAAAUUUCUAGUGCGGCAUCUUCUAGCAUCGAGGCCAAGGGUAUUCUAGUGAAGCAAACACAAAUCAAUUUCUUCAAGGGCAGGGGUGGUCUGGUGAACUUGAAGUCUUCGAAUUCUUUAAGGCCUAGGUCGGACGCAGUUAUCCGUUCAGAUUUUAAAUUUGAGGAUCUUGGUGUUGGUGGUCUGGACAGGGAAUUUACCAAGAUCUUUAGAAGAGCGUUUGCAAGUAGGAUAUUUCCUCCUGCAGUGAUUGAGAAGCUAGGUAUUUCUCAUGUCAAGGGUCUAUUGUUAUAUGGACCACCAGGAACUGGUAAGACGUUGAUUGCGAGGAAGAUUGGUACUAUGCUAAAUGCCAAGGAACCCAAGAUUGUCAAUGGUCCCGAAAUAUUGAGUAAGUAUGUUGGAUCAUCCGAGGAAAAUAUUCGUAACUUGUUUAAAGACGCAGAGGCAGAAUACAAAGCCAAAGGUGAGGAUUCUUCUUUACACAUUAUAAUUUUUGAUGAGUUGGACUCUGUUUUUAAGCAAAGGGGGUCACGGGGUGAUGGGACCGGUGUAGGAGACAAUGUGGUCAACCAGUUAUUAGCCAAGAUGGACGGUGUGGACCAACUAAACAAUAUAUUAGUUAUCGGUAUGACAAAUCGUAAAGAUUUAAUUGAUAACGCAUUGUUACGUCCCGGUAGAUUUGAAGUUCAGGUUGAAAUCCAACUUCCAGAUGAACCAGGAAGAGUUCAAAUCUUUGAAAUCCAAACCAAGAAAAUGAGAGAAAAUAACAUGUUGGCGCCUGACGUCAAUCUGAAAGAGCUAGCUGCUUUAACCAAGAAUUUCUCUGGUGCUGAGAUAGAAGGGUUGGUUAAAAGUGCAAGUUCAUUUGCCAUUAACAAAACUGUAAACAUUGGAGAAGGUAAAACCAAAAUGAACGAGAAGGACAUUGCGUCUAUGAAGGUUACUAGAAAUGACUUCAUGAACGCACUAAAUGAAGUUACGCCCGCUUUUGGUAUCAGUGAGGAGGAUUUGAAGACUUGUGUGGAAAGCGGAAUAAUUUACUACUCUCCAAAGGUUGAAGAGAUUUUGAAACACGGCUCUCGUUAUGUUCGUCAAGUCCAAGAGAGUAGCAAAUCAAGACUUGUUUCCUUAUUAGUUCAUGGGCCCGCAGGCUCGGGAAAGACUGCCUUGGCAGCUGCCAUCGCGUUGAAUUCCAAAUUCCCCUUUGUAAGAAUGAUUUCUCCAGUAGAAAUCGCGGGCAUGUCCGAAACUGCAAAAAUUUCAUUCAUUGAUAACACCUUCAGAGAUGCCUAUAAGUCUCCUUUGAACAUUUUAGUCAUCGAUUCCAUUGAAACUUUAGUCGACUGGGUCCCAAUUGGACCUAGGUUUUCGAACAAUAUCUUGCAAGUCUUGAAGGUUUAUUUGAAAAGAAAGCCCCCAAACGACCGCCGUCUGCUAAUCAUUUCCACCACAUCUGCGCACAGUGUCCUUCGACAAAUGGAUAUCCAAAGCUGCUUCGACAAUGAGAUAGCCGUCCCAAAUAUAUCCUCCAUCGACGAAUUUAACAAAGUCAUGAUUGAAUCCAAUUUCUUGGAUGACGCCGGCAGAGUCUACGUCAUUAAUGAGCUAGCAAAGCUAUCCCCACAGUUAAAUGCCGGCAUUAAAAGGGUCCUAACCAACAUUGAAACCGCCAGAUAUGAUGACGAUCCAGCCAACGAAAUCAUAGACCUCAUGGCACAAACAGUUUAA